AUGGUUGUUCCCGCCGAACUAGCAACCCAAGCAACUUGUUAUGGAUUACCAUUCGGAAUGUUCGGGAUAUUCUGCUGGUCUUUCACAUUUUUCAGUGUGUCUUUGACGCAUGCAAAUUGUCCUGUAUUUACUCCUUGGAAGUGGGGUAAAGACUAUAAAGCACAAAGCGCAUUACUUAUGACCGUUUCAACCAUUUUAAUACUAGGACCGACCAUCUACACAUGUUUCAAGUGUAGGUCGGAAUGGAUAAUGUUACUUGUAGCACUUGGACAGCUCACACCCUGGAGUCUUAAGAUAAUGAAUGAUGGUUUCGUAAGCCUAAAAUAUGACGACGACAAUGGUCUCUGGAAAUCUUACAAAAUGGCCGGUAUUAUUCUUACCAUCCCUUUUUCACUCGUAGGUUGGAUCGGAAUGACAGCACUAAGCAUUUCGCUAAUGAAAACAGAAAUGGCAGUUAGUGUCUGGAUAUGGUCAUUAUACCUAGUUGCAUUGAUUGCAAUGAUGUUGACAUGUUUGGUUGAAAAUCUUACCUUUCGCUUUUCAAUGAUAUACAUCUUUGCAACCAUUCACAUUAUUGGGUCACAUGUAAUUUUUGCACUUAUUACUGGUCAUUGGGGUGGACUUGCUACUACAGGUGAUUCUGAAACUACUGAUCCAAGUACGUCAUCCAAUUCAGGAUCAGAAAGUACUCAUGAAAAGAAGUGUUUAUUGUACACGGACACUGUCCAUGUGGAUGUUCGCUGUCCGCAUAUUCAAUCAGUUAUUUGUCAUGCGGACAUGUCCAAUGUCCCACGGGACACUUUGAUCGUGCCAAUAAUAAAUGACCUUCCGUGA